CUGCUGUAUUUUUCUGGUAUCUUUGAAAAAUUAUAGUUUGGCCUCUCUCAGAACGCAAUUCUUUCUGCCUUUUAGGUGCUGGAGGGACAUAAGGAAAAAUUGCACUUGUGGAGCUGAAGAUCUUCCACUGCAGAUCUGAGGGAUUGCUUAGCUUCCAGCAGCGAGAGAGGCAGCUGGGGCUGGAGAAGCGCAUUGGUGAUGCAGGGAGAGUCCCCAGAGAGCCCUUGAUGCCAUCAGGUGUGGAAGAGGUUAGUGAACAGCCCUGCUCAGUCAAGAUCUGGUUCUGAAGAAGAUGCAGUUACUCAAAAUCUCUGCUUAAGCUGCCUUCUUCCACUGAACUCAAACGCACAAACAGAGAUGGUCAGCAGUCAACCUGUCCCCAUAGCAGAAAAUGGGAAAAAGAAAAAGAAGAAAAGAACCAGAGCCACGGAUCAUGUCCCUGGAAAGUUUGAAGACUUGUACAAGCUGACUGCUGAGCUCCUUGGUGAGGGAGCAUAUGCCAAAGUUCAGGGUGCUGUGAGCCUCCAAACUGGGAAAGAAUAUGCAGUAAAAAUCAUUGAAAAAAAUGCUGGGCACAGUCGGAGUCGGGUAUUUCGUGAAAUAGAAACCCUCUACCAGUGUCAGGGUAACAAGAACAUUUUGGAGCUAAUAGAGUUUUUUGAAGAUGAUGCAAGUUACUACCUCGUCUUUGAGAAGCUGCGAGGAGGUUCAAUCUUGGCCCAGAUACAAAAGCGAAAGCAAUUUAAUGAACGAGAAGCAAGCAAAGUGGUGAGAGAUAUUGCCUCUGCUCUGGAUUUUCUUCAUACAAAAGGUAUUGCUCACAGAGACCUGAAGCCUGAAAACAUCUUGUGUGAAUCUCCAGAAAAGAUAUCACCAGUAAAAAUAUGUGAUUUUGAUCUCGGUAGUGGGGUGAAGUUGAACAGUGCGUGUACUCCAAUAACUACUCCAGAACUAACCACGCCGUGUGGGUCUGCAGAGUACAUGGCACCCGAAGUGGUUGAGGUCUUCACGGAGGAGGCCACGUUCUAUGAUAAGCGCUGCGACCUUUGGAGCCUGGGAGUGAUUCUGUACAUCAUGCUCAGUGGUUACCCCCCUUUUGUGGGCAACUGUGGCACAGACUGUGGCUGGGACAGAGGAGAAGUCUGCAUAAUUUGCCAGAACAAGCUCUUUGAGAGCAUUCAGGAAGGCAAAUAUGAGUUUCCUGACAAGGACUGGGCACAUAUAUCCUCUGAUGCCAAAGAUCUCAUCUCAAGGCUGCUGGUGCGUGAUGCCAAACAACGACUUAGUGCUGCCCAGGUUUUGCAGCAUUCGUGGGUUCAAGGACAGGCUCCUGAAAGAGGGUUACCUACACCGCAGGUUCUUCAAAGGAACAGCAGCACCAAGGACCUGACGCUUUUUGCCGCCGAGGCGAUAGCCCUGAACCGCCAGCUGUCUCAGCACGAGAGCGAGCUGCACGCAGAGCAGGAGGACGUUGCCCACGCCGUGUGCUCCAUGAAGCUUUCUCCUCCAUCCAAAUCCCACCUCGCCAAGCGCAGAGCGAUGACACAGGCCACCAAAGACAGUGACUUCCAGCCCCAUAAAGCCAUUUAAACCCUCGUUCGUGCUAUGGAUUGGAAAGAUCAGCCUGUUUUCAUAUUUGGAUUUCAGCGCCAAUCAAAGCUGCUCUGCUUCUGACUCUUGAUUUAGAAGCUUGCUUUUAUGAAGCAUCUAAUAACUUUAAGGGGAUAACUUUUUAUGGGAAUGCUUUUUGCCUGUCAAAUUUGGUGCAUUAAGAUAAUGUAACUGCUCUUUUUAAACUAGAAAAGAUGUGUUUGUUGCUGAGUUAUCUGAGGUGGUAAAUCUCUAAGCUUUCCUUAUUUUCCUCUUAAAAGAGCACACUUUAAAACGCAAACUUGAAAGCAUUGGAACAAAUGCUUUUCUUGCAUUGCCUGGCAAAGUGUCAAGGCUCCGUAUUGUGACUGCUCUCCUUGAUGGUGACUCUUACAAGGUGCUGCUGCUAGUGUCAGCAGCGGGGACUGUUUCCAACCAGCGAUGUCCCUUCGUUUUUGUAGACUCAGGAAACGGAGCUCAUGACUGGGUGAAUCGGUGACAAUUACCUUUAUUGGGAUUACAUUUUAUGUAGAUGAUAAUGUAAAGGUGCAAGCAUUUAUCAGGCUUGUAGAGAUGGAGGGAACUGGCUUGCCUUUUUCUUUCUUGCCUGUAAAUGCUUUAUGCAUCAAAAUUGUGGGAGAAAAGCUGGAGGAAGGUAUUAUUUCUUUGACAUUUUGUUCCAACUACACUGUGUGCCAUAUCUUCAUUUUUCAGUCCAGUGUGUCCCCUUUUAUAGUUACAUUUUAAAUCUGAUGCAGCAGUAUAACAGAUGAGUUUGUUUAGUAUCUGUUUUUCCAUAUUAACGCUAUCGUCAGUUUUACCUUCCUGCCUUGAAACUCAUCACUGAAGUUCUUCUGUAUGCAUUAUCUGGAGUUGUUAAAGUGAAUGGACAGGCUACAGAGAAUUUCGAUGUGUGCAUAAUUCAGGAUUUCCAAAUGCAAAGGUACAUUUGUGAAUAAGUGGUGCUGCAGCUGUGGUAUUCUGCCUCCUGCAGUGAAUCAGGCCAGAUAGCUAGAAUUCAGAUUACAGUUUUAGUUCUGUGAUGCUCGGGAGCUCAGGAGUAAUUUGAAAAAGCGAAUGGCUGAAGAUUUUUGGAUGAACAGAGUGAGGUGUCUGCAGAAAAGGAUGUGAAUGUUGAGCACUUUCUGAAAUAUAAGCUGUGAAAACUGGGCCACUGAGGUGCCCAGCAUGAUGCACCUUAAACUUUCCAGCCAUUUCUGAAGACCUUUGCCUAGAUGUAGUGUGCAAGGUGGGGAGAGGGAGGAGGCCUCCAGGUGCCAGCACAAACCCUCCCGCGCAGCGUGCGAAGGAGCGAUGCAGCUGAUCCAAGAAGCAGUUGGAAAUGGAGCAGUCAAAGCUGAAUGUCUGUGCAUGGCUAUAGAGAGCGGUUUUACA